GUGUGUGUCUGUAUAAAAUAAAAUCUCAGCUGUGAGAGUGACAGUCACUUGAAAUGCCAAGACAAAAUAGUGAUUCUGGAUGGCUUUGCCAGUUCAUUUCAAAAGCUAUGUAAGCUGUGUUUUGACUUGUGAGACCCCACCGUGGAGUCAGAGCACAGAGGGCAAACCCCUUCAGCCUGAGCUCUCCAUUCCUGUGGCUGCUGUUGCUGGCAGACGAUGUCUUCAGAACCCGGGUCAGACGCCAGCACCGACAAGAGAGAUGUAAAGAAGCCGUGUUCAUUCAGCAUCGAGGACAUCCUCUCCAGCCCAGCAGAGAAGAGGCCCCAGGUCCUGGUCCCGCUGUGCCUCCGGACCAUCUUGGACUGCGCACCCAGGGGGCUGUGUGAGCUGGAGACCAUCCCAGCCAGCUCCCUGCAGGAGGAGGAAGAGGAAGAAGAGGAAGAGCUGGAAGGAGCAGGCUGCAACUGCUGCUGCUGUUCUCACACGAGCACACGUUCCCUUCAGGACUCCCCGAGCUGGCUGGACACCCGGUUCCCCUGGCCCAUGCGGCUCUUCCACUCGGCAGCCAGAGUCUGUAAGAGUCCUCAGGGGAACCCAGCCGAGCUGCAGAAUUGCCACCAGAUCCAGCGCCGGACGCGCCGGCACCGCACCAUAUUCACCGAGGAGCAGCUGCAGGCUCUGGAGACACUGUUCCAUCAGAACCAGUAUCCGGACGUCAUCACCCGCGAGCACCUCGCAAACCGCAUUCACCUGAAGGAGGAGAGGGUAGAGGUCUGGUUUAAAAACCGCCGGGCCAAGUGGCGGCAUCAGAAGAGGGCGUCCGCCUCGGCGCUGAUCCUUCAAGGCAGCAGGAAGUCCCCCGAGGAGAGCUGUUAGCGGUCACCGGCUGCACCUCAGCAGCUGAACACCCAGAGCACCCAUUUCCCAUAGCUGACAGGUUCUGUAGGGGGUGGCCCGAGGGGGACUAAUGAAGCAAGAGGAAACUUGUGAUUUCCAGAGGAUGAGGACAGGUAAAAGCACACACCGCACAUUCACCCCCCAGUUUCUCUGGGCAUAACUCGCCGGCAUGCCCCUCAGAUGCUCAAGCAGAAACCAUUUCCAAAGCCCGCAGGGGACAGAGCGGUGCCAGUGUUCAGUGUGUGCGCUUCAAGGGGAGGGGAGACUCCUCUCCCUGUGUGGCUCCGUGCAGGCAGUAUGUGUGCUUGUUUCACUGCUGCACACGUGCAGCACACCCUGCGAAUGAAUGCUUCCAGCACCUCGAUGCCAUCCGCAGGUGGUUCUGGGGCUGAGCUCCCAGCACGGGCA